AUGAAUAAUAAGAAUGUAUCUCCUAUUAGAAUGGGAGGAGGAGGAAUAACCAACAUUACAUCAGUAGAGAGUGUAAAGAAUCAGAAAAUAAAAAAGGUAGUAUCGUCUAUGGACGAGAUAAAGAAUGGUAGUGAACGAAAGAUGAUGUUGUACAGUCGUUUACCACGUACAAGAGAGCAGAAUCCAGAGAGAUACGAUAAUCUAGUUUCUUUUUGGUCUUUGGCUAUCACUCAACUAUCUCAAGAUGCUAAUCUAUUGAUAUUUACACCAAACCAAUUACAAGAUGCUUUCAAAGUUGAUGGUAUAUCUCCAAUUUCUUUAUUUGAAAUUAUUGAACAAAUAGAAAAAAAAGAAAAGACAAUUAUAACUAUACAAGAAUUUAAUACAGUGUUGAAUGGAUGGUCAUGGUUUUGGAAUAGAGUAGCAGUACCUACAUUUCAGUGGUCGUGGUCAUGGGUAGCAGGAGGAGGAGGGGGAGGAAAGGAUAGUGGAGCCACACAGACAUCUUUGUCUGUAGCAGCAUCACCAAGAAAAGGAGGAUCAAAUGCAAGUAACCCUUGGGCAGAACGAAAGUUGAUUGUAAAGAGUGUGGUGUUGGAAAAGGCAGAGACUCUAUACUAUAGCCAAAUAGAGAGUGCAAUCACAUCGGAACCAAUCGUAUCGUUGGCCAAACUCGAGAGUAUACUUGGCCAAGAGCAACAACUGACAAGAGACGAGAUUGCCCUGUUGGUGGGUGUGUUGAUCCGCGAGGGUCGCGCUGCAUACAUUGUGCAGGGUGACCAGGUCAAGGGUGUCAAGUUUGCACUCGACGGACAAAAGGUGGUGGCUAUGGACUCGGACUAUGGUGUAUUGAAGCUACAGGCCACCUAUGACAUGUUGUUGGCACAGGAAAAGAGUCUUAUGGAUGACAUCAAGGCUACUAAUGCCAAGAUUUCAGAGUAUAUCGCCGUCAAGCAAAAGAACAAUGCUUUGCACCACCUCAAAAAGAAAAAGAAACUAGAGUCGAUUCUCGAAACGAGAACGCAACAAUCAAACAAUAUACACGACGUCUUGAUGAGUAUCGAGUCGGCCAAUAGCAACCAACAGGUUGUCGAUGCACUCUGUGUCGGUGUGGGCACCUUGAAAAAGGUCAAUGAAAAAAUGACUGUCGAUCAAGUCUACCAAGUCAUGGAUGACUUUGAAGAAGCAAUGACCGAUCAAAAGGAAAUUGAUGAAGCUAUUAAAACUGGUAUGACCGCGUCAAGUAAUAUCAAUUAUCUAUCCUCUGAUGAAGAAGAACAACUUGAAAAAGAAUUGGAACAAAUGGAAACUGAUUUGUUUACAAAAGAUUUGGAAAAAUUAACUCUUAGUAAUAGUAAUAAUAAUACACCAAUUAAAAAUCAAGAAACUACUACUACUACUACAACAACAACAACAGAAAAAACAAAGGAACCAAUAGUAGUUGAACAACCAAAACAAAAACAACAACAAGAAGGAUUAUUUAGUAAAGAAGAUGAAGAAUUAUUAGAAAGUUUAAUGAAAGAUGCAGAAGAAGAGUUUAAAGAAAAACAAGAUCAAGAAGAAAAGAAAAAAGAAAAGGAAUUAUUACCAGCUUAG